AAGACCUCGACCUUCUUAUCACGGCCCGUGCAGCUUGUCACUCCACAGCAGCCGGGCAGUAGUGCUCGCGCCUUCUCAGGAGAUGGCGACCAAGUUCCUCAUCCUGCUCGGCCUUCUGGCCGCCGUGUCGCUAGCGGCCAGCGACUGCGGGUCGAAGUACUUCCAGUGCAAGGACGGCAGCAAGUGUGUCAUUGCAGCCGACAGGUGCGACGGUCGCAAGGAAUGCCGCGACGGAUCCGACGAGGAAGGCUGUGACGUUCACACCGUGGCCCUGCGGGUCAACGCCACCAUUAAGGCUCGCAUGCAGUUCGCUGCGGUCCACGAAAACAUCGAGCUGCACCUGUGCGGCGCCCAGAGCUGCAGCAACGUGUUGUUGUGGGGCGUGAGGGACGACGGCACGCUCAUUUACACUGCAGACACGGACGCGAACCGCCUCGGCAGGGGCAACAGCAGGCGCGUCACGUUCAACACGGCCGGUAGCGGAAACUUUACCCCCGGCGAGGUGGUGCUGGAGGUGCAGCACCGGCCCGGGCAGCUCGCCGUGUGGCGGCAGGGCCGGCCGGACGACGUGGCGGAGGUCCCCGUGGAGGCGGACUACGGCACGCUCAGGGUCAGGCCCUACGUGUGGUCCACCGACAUGCCCGUGCAGUUCGCUGCGGCCGGUGAGAGCUGGCCGGAGGAGUUCUUCCACUGCAACGAUGACAGGAGUCGUGUUCCUGGAGUCUUCAGGUGCGACGGUAACAGUGACUGCAGUGACGGCUCCGACGAGGAAGGCUGCGACGCAAUGCUGGCAGCUCACGAGGUGGCCCUGCCACUCAACGCCUCCGCCACGGCCCGCGUGCAGUACGCCAAGGUCCACAACGACAUCGAGGUGCACCUGUGCGGCGGCAAGAACUGCAGCGUCGUGCUACUGUGGGGCGAGAGUGCCAACGGCUCGCUGAGAUACGAUACGGCCACGGGCUGCACCCGCUACGGCAGGCUCGGCAACAGCGUCAAGGAAAACAGGGGAAGCGGCCCUGACUUCUCCCCCGGCGAGGUGGUGCUGGAGGUGCAGCACCGGCCCGGGCAGCUCGCCGUGUGGCGGCAGGGCCGGCCGGACGACGUCGUGGAGGUCCCCGUGGGGGCGGACUACGGCACGCUCAGGGUCAGGCCUUUUUACUGGGUCGCCGACAUGCCCGUGCAGUUUACUAGUGGUGCGACGACGGCUAUGUCCAACUCAUGACCCAAUGACGUCCGCCCGGCAGCACAGCGUCCCAACAUCAGUAGUCUCUCUCCAAGAAGUGCACUCUGAUUCCGUGGCUGCAGGACAGGACACUGUGUUGUUGCUUUACUUUUAGUUCUGAAUAAACAAACAAUCACACA